GGUUGUGAUUCCUUGGCCCAGACGCAACGCACCAGGCUGCAACACCGCCGUGCAAGAAUCAACCAGCAGAUCAACAAAGAGAUGAGGAUGAGAACCGGCGCAGAGAAUCUGUUCAGGGCCACCCGCAACCACAAAGUCAAGGAGACGGUUGCUCUGGAACUCAGCUACGUCAACUCCAACCUGCAGCUGCUCAAGGAGGAACUGGAAGAACUGAACAGCUGCAUGGAAGUCUACCAGAAUGACAGUGACUCAGUUAGCGUCCCAAUGAUCCCGCUGGGGUUGAAGGAGACCAAGGAACUGGACUGGGCAUCUCCUCUGAAGGCCGUGAUUAAAGACCACUACAAUGAAGAGGAAGACUCCUACAAGGAGGAGCUGAAAGCCCUUGUGGAUUUACGCCAGGCCAUGCGGGCACCCAGCCGGAACAAGGCGGGACUUGAACUGCUGACGGAAUAUUACAGCCAGCUCCACUUCCUCGACAACCGCUUCUUCUCGCCCAGUAACAACCUGGGACUUUUCUUCCAUUGGUACGAUUCGCUGACCGGGGUGCCUUCCCACCAGCGGGCCCUGGCGUUCGAGAAAGGAAGCGUGCUCUUCAACAUCGGCGCUCUGCACACCCAGAUCGCAGCCCGCCAGGACCGCACCACCCUGCAGGGGGUGGACUGCGCCAUCGAAGCCUUCCAGAAGGCCUCUGGUGCCUUCAACUACCUGAAGGAGAACUUCUCCAACGCCCCCAGCCUCGACAUGAGCAGCCCCUCUCUCAACAUGCUGGUCUGGCUGAUGAUCGCCCAGGUGCAGGAGUGCGUCUUUGAGAAGGUCCUGCUACUUGGAGCCCAGAGGGACUUCCUCGCCUGCCUGCAGCUGGCCCAGGAGGCGUCCCGG